GAGUUUGGGUUUAACAGGUGACGUCACGCCCUAGUGUGACGUCACUUUUGAGAAGUCGCGGUCAAGACGGGGCUGUGGGGAGGAGCGAGGGGCGAGGUCGAUGGGCAGGCUCAGGGAGAUGGGCUGGAUGAGAGGUGAACUCUGAAACACUUCCUCGUUAAGUUUACUCGACAGCAGGAGGCGGAGGCAGGCGUCUGUCUGUGUGUGUGUCUGUCUGUCUGUGUCUGUCUAUGUGUGUGUCUGUGUCUGUCUGUGUCGGUGUCUGCGCCCAACCACAGCAUCUCGGAUCAACAGGAGCGAUUUUAGGGCAGCCGGCGUGAGGAGCUGAGGCCGGUGGAAGGAGGAAGGAGGAGGAGGCGAUGGACGAAACUCGCGCCUCAAAGCUGAUCAAGGGAAAGAGGCCGCUGCUGAAGCAGUGGAUCGGCCGGGACCCCACCUACCUGCUGGAUCACCUGGACAGCAACGAGCUGAUCCCUCGUGACAAGUACCUGGAGGCUCUUGACAUCGCCGGAAAGGCGCAGAGAGCCAACUUCCUCAUCGACGAUUUCAUCGGCAGGGACGAGUGCCUGGUGCUCAUUAAGGCGCUGGUCGCCCUGCAAGACAAGUACCCGCAGCUGAAGGGAUGGUUCAGCGAGAUCCAGUACCCCACCGCGGGCGCGGUAUCUGUCCAGCUCCCGGAAGCGUUACCGGCAGUGUCUCCGCCUCCUGCUCCCGUUGCGUCAUCAUUCGAGGCGAAGCUGCAAGCUUGCGGCGACGACAAGGAGCUCCAGCGGAGGAUCGUUCCUCUGACGCCGCAGCUCGUGCAAGCCCUGCAGGGCGACCUCCUGCCGAUACUCAACGAGCUGCGCUCCAAGGAGGUCAUCACGGCGGCCGAGAAAGACAAGGUCAAGGCCAGGUCAAACAGUGGAGGUGCCGCUGCCGCCACUGAGCUGCUGGAUAUCGUCGAGCAGAAGGGCCGCCGCGAGGCGCGGAAGUUCUGGCUGGCGCUGUGGGCCACGCGUGACACCUACACGCGCCUGCUGGACAUCUUCGACGAGUUCUGAGUGGCCCGGGCAAAAAUGAAAGACCGAAGAGCCGCGUGGGACGUGGACCCUGGAGUUUGUGUGCGUGUGUGUCUCUCCGUAUGCCUGUGUGUGUGUGUCUCUAUAUGUGUCUCUCCGUGUGUUUAUGUGUGUCUCUCUCCUUAUGUCUG